AUGUCAAAGACCGAACACACACUUCGUAUUGCACCACUUCGCUCAAUGCGUGAAUUUAUUGGAGGUAAUGAAUGGGCCAAGCCAACAUUUAUUCCAAGUGAAUUUGGUGAACUUCAAAAACAAGUUAUUGCAAAUCUAAUUUAUUAUCAAACAAACUAUGGAGCUAUUGCUAUACCUUUUCUUUUAUUAGUCGCUUUCUUUUGUCCAACAGCUAUUAUUUUCGGUCUUCUUGUUCUUGCUGCUCUUUUAGCUGGUUUUGUUCAUACACAAAAAACACGCACAGCAUUAACAGUUCUUGCACAUGAUCGUCCUAUUGUUGUACUUAUACUUCUUCUUGUUGCAGCAUUUGUCAUAAUCAGAAUGUUCGGCACAGUUUUUGCUUUUCUUUUUGGUAUUGCCCUCCCAUUAGCAUUAAUUGUUGGACAUGCAACUGCUCGAACACAAACAUUACAAAACAAAGCUGAAAAUACUGUUGAAGAACUUUCAUUACAAUCUACUCCAAUGGGUCUAUUACUUCAUUGGUUAGGUACAAAAACUGAAGAACAAAAAUCAACACAACAACGAAAAUAG